CAUCUGGGGUAACAUUGGACUGAAAACCCACAUUCCCCCCAAAAUACCAAAAUUACUCCAAGAAAUUCCAGCUUUUUCUCAUCUUUGUCUUUUCUCCAUCGGCGGCGCCAGGAAGAUGUUUUACACCUGUGGUCCCAAUGAGGCGAUGGUGGUGUCAGGUUUCUGUCGUUCUCCUCCUCUGAUGAUCGCUGGAGGAAGAGUUUUUGUGUUCCCGUGCAUCCAGCAGAUCCAGAGGAUUUCUCUGAACACUCUGACUCUGAAUGUGAAAAGUGAUAAGGUCUACACUCGACAUGGAGUCCCUAUCUCUGUGACUGGCAUCGCACAGAUGAAGAUCCAGGGUCAGAAUAAGGAGAUGUUGGCUGCGGCCUGUCAGAUGUUCAUGGGGAAGUCUGAGCCAGAGAUCGCUCACAUCGCCCUGGAAACGCUUGAGGGGCAUCAGCGCGCCAUCAUCGCCCAUCUCACUGUGGAGGAGAUCUACAAAGACCGUAAGAAGUUCUCUGAGCAGGUUUUCAAAGUUGCCUCCUCGGAUCUGGUGAACAUGGGCAUCAGCGUCGUCAGCUACACGCUCAAAGACGUACACGAUGACCAGGAUUAUCUGCACUCUCUUGGUAAAGGACGCACAGCUCAGGUCCAGAAAGACGCUCGAAUUGGAGAGGCUCAAAACAAGAGGGAUGCUGUGAUCAGGGAAGCUCAUGCCAUGCAAGCCAAGAUCUCAGCUCAGUAUAAAAAUGAGAUUGAAAUGGCCAAAGCUCAGAGGGACUACGAGCUCAAGAAGGCCGCCUACGAUAUCGAAGUCAACACUAAAAAGGCAGAGUCGGAGAUGGCGUACCAACUGCAGGUGGCAAAGACGAAGCAGCGCAUAGAGGAGGAGAAGAUGCAGGUGCAGGUGGUGGAGAGGAGUCAGCAGAUCACUCUCCAGGAGCAGGAAAUCACAAGGAAAGAGAAAGAGCUGGAGGCCAAAGUGAUGAAACCUGCAGAGGCCGAAAGAUACCGUCUGGAAAAACUGGCCGAAGCACAGCGUCUGAAGUUGAUCAUGGAAGCUGAGGCUGAAGCUGAGUCAAUCAGGAUUAAAGGGGAGGCAGAGGCAUUUGCUGUAGAGGCUAAAGGUCGCGCUGAGGCUGAGCAGAUGCAGAAGAAAGCGGAAGCCUUUAAACAGUACAAGGACGGAGCCAUGGUGGACAUGCUGCUGGAGAAACUGCCUCUGAUCGCAGAGGAGAUCAGUAAGCCCCUGUGUGAGGCCCAUAAAGUUACCAUGGUGUCCAGUGGAAACGGGGACGUGGGCGCAGCCAAACUGUCCGGAGAGGUGCUGGAGAUCAUGACACGACUCCCGGACGCCGUGGAGAAACUCACCGGAGUCACCAUCUCACAGGUGGCAUCUCGCACUGGUUAAAGACGAUAACCACUUCCACUAUCCCACUGUCUCAUCUGCUCUCAAAUUCUCCUUUCGACUGUGUUAAUGAUUCCUCUACAAUACUUGUCUUAAACAUAUGUAGCUGUGAGGUUUCUCAGGUUUCAAUCACAUAUAUCUUCUUUAAUCGUUCACUCACUCAUUUGUAGGAGGAAUACUACAUUGUCCUUUUACGAAACCAUAAUCCUUUCACGUUUAGAUCAGUUGUGAAAUAUUAGUGGUUAGGGCUGCACAGUAUUGAAAAAAAAAAGUGUUAUUGUGAGAUUGCAGUAUACAUUUUGAAACUGUAGAGUCAGUAAAUUCAAAACAAUACAGUUAAAUGUACAAUUAAAGUGUCAAUUUUGAACCAUGACAGAAAAACGUGUUUUAGAAUGGAUAGACUUCGUUCCAGCCGUCAUAGAAAGUUGUUUCCAUGUAGUUUUUAUCUAACAACGUCGCUGAUUGGAUAAAAUUGUCUGUCCCACUCAGUUGCUUUCUCUUGGUUCUCAUCCAACAAAAUGCCUAAUAAAAUUCACUUCAGUCUUAUUUUUAAAUUCUCAGAUAAGUGUUUUUAUAAUUUACUGAAAGGAAUUUAAAGAAAUAGUCAGGUUUAGGCC